UUUGCCUGCCAAAGUCCUAAUCAUAUAAAAUCAAGCCUGAUCCUGGCUUUCUGUUCUAUUUCCUGCUGCUGACUGGGUGAAGGACAACCUGAGCACACGUUAGUGCCAUUUUGCUUGGUUAUUGUGUUUAGUCUUUACUAAAGCAGACGCAGCAUAAUGCCUCAGAGAAUUGUGAUCGAUUCCAAUGUGGAGGCCAAAACCACUGACCAUUCAGAAGUCGGAGGCUGUAUGUCCAGCACAGUUGUACAGGGCUUGUGUUCAGAACGUGCUGCUGUAUGGUUUGACUGCAAGGCAUACGAGAGAGCAGAAAGCCACUAUUAUAUGAGGCUUCAGGACCGCCAAAAUGGAACCACAUCUGCUGCAAGCACUUCAAAUUCCCAGCGUAACCAAGAAGAUUCUUUAACCAAGGCUAUCUUUGACCAGUCUCCUAAACGGCCUGAUUCAGUGACCACACCUCGUUCCCUUCGAUUCUUGUCUGAUGGCCCUUUAUGUGAUGAAGGCUACCUAUCACAAACCCCAACUCCUCCCACUCCCGCAUCAGCGCCAAUUAACGGCCUGCCUUUUGUUCCUGCAUAUCUCCAGGGGGUGUGGUUUCAGAAGCCUCUCUAUGACCGGGCAGAAUCAGCUUUCUACCAGAGCCUGUACCUGCCUCAUUCCACACCCACUGGAGAGCAAGCAUGCCUCGGGCAUCCAUGCGUCACUAUCACUCACAAAGCCAAACCCGAGAAGACAAAGGAGAAGAAACCUGAUGGUGAUGAUAAAGGAGUCAAGAAAGGAAGCGGUGCAUCAUGUCACUUCCUGCAUGCAGACAGUGAGAGGGUGUGGCUCGACCGCAGUCGUUAUACAGAAGCGGAAACUCGUUUCUAUGAAGCCGUUAUGACCAAAACCAGCUGUAGCCUAUCACUGAAUUGGCUUCAUAGGUCUCAGAGGAAGCACAUGUUUGCCUUCACCCUCAUUGAUUUUUAG